GUUGUGGAACUUUGGCGGUGCUGGAAGAAAAUGAAACUGGGAUUGUUCUUCUCAGGAGCUUUGACUGGAAUGAUGGCCUGUUUGAUGUGACCUGGAGUGAGAAUAAUGAACAUGUGUUGAUCACUUCUAGCGGAGAUGGAUCUCUGCAAAUCUGGGAUACAGCUAAAACCAAAGGUCCACUGCAAGUCUAUAAGGAGCACACUCAGGAGGCAUACAGUGUUGACUGGAGCCAAACUAGAGGAGAGCAACUAGUGGUGUCUGGUUCAUGGGAUCAAACAGCCAAGCUGUGGGAUCCAGCUGUGGGGAAGUCAUUAUGCACUUUUAAAGGCCACGAAGGGGUUAUUUACAGCACUAUAUGGUCUCCACACAUCCCAGGUUGUUUUGCUUCUGCCUCAGGUGAUCAGACUUUAAGAGUUUGGGAUGUGAAAGCCCCAGGAGUCAAAUUUGUGAUACCAGCCCACCAGGCUGAGAUCUUGAGCUGUGACUGGUGCAAAUAUGAUGAGAACUUGCUGGUAACUGGUGCAGUUGACUGUAGCUUGAAAGGCUGGGAUUUACGGAACAUCCGGCAACCAGUGUUCGUCUUGCUUGGUCAUACCUAUGCUAUCAGAAGAGUAAAAUUUUCACCAUUCCAUGCAACCUUAUUGGCCUCCUGCUCCUAUGAUUUUACUGUGAGAUUUUGGGACUUUUCCAGGCCUAAUCCUUUGCUGGAAACAGUUGAGCAUCAUACUGAAUUUACAUGUGGACUGGAUUUAAGUCUUCACAACCAUGGUCAGGUGGUGGACUGUGCUUGGGAUGAACUAGUCAAGAUCUAUACUCCAUCGUGUCUGGCAGUUCCUGCUUAGAGGAAAAGUGAAGAUGAUCUGACAGACCAGGAACCUUUCUCUCUUCCCCCACAACCAGACUUGUGCUAAAGUGUCAACUGUGUCACUAAUCUUAGUGUCCGUUUUUAAGAAAAGCUGCUUGAAUGAAGUGUCGUGAACUUAAACAUGUGGAGAUUUUAGGGUUUGGUUUACUGUACAGGUAGUACUUGAACUAGCAAAAUGUUCAACAGCUACUGCGUGGCUGAAGAGUGGCCAUAGCAGAUACAAGUAGUGUCAUCGAGUCCAGUCACCAACAGGAUUUUGUGAUCUGUCUGGCUAAUGAUGAGAGCAGAGGCCUGAAUCUUGUUCCUUACAAAGAAUAAAAGUAACUGGCAGGGUAUUUGGAGAUAAUGUCACUGUAGAGAAGAGAAGAGCAAUGCUUUUCACUGUAAAGAACUGUAGUGACAACUGAGGUUUGUAUCACUCAAAUGCAUUUAUAUUUAUAUGUUUUGCCGUGACUCACGUUGCAUUAUUUUCUUGUGCAAUAUGACAGAUACUCUUGAUCGACAGUAAAUGUCAUAGUUUAUAGCCA